ACCCGUCGACCACACCAGAGCACUUACCAAGUACCUCAUCAACAACACUUACGCUUUUUUUUUUUUUUUUCUUUUGAGAGAGUUGCGCGUUUGACACCCGGCAACCGCUCACUUUGAAAGCAAAGACACCCGUCGCACCCAAGACGCACAUUCUCAGCAACCACUAUGGACGCCUCCAACUCCACCCCCACAACUCAGCAGACCUCCUCCAUGGCUUCCAUUCAACGGUCCCCCGUAGCCACCAAGAUCAUGCCGCCUCAACCUGCUCCCGCCAAGACCGGAAACUCGACGGAUGCCUUCCUUAAGGACUUCACACUGGUCGCCGAGGCCGCAAAGCGUGCCCAAAUGGCCGUGAUGAUGCGUGACUUUGAGGAUAUCGGUCUCUCAUAAAUUCUUCAUUUUGUGCGCAUUGCAAGAAGGCGCUUGUUCUGAAAAGGAUGAGGCAUCGAACGGUACUCGCGGUUUUUCUCCACUUAGGGCAACAACUGAACCUCUGAACCUCUGGGCUGAAUAUGGAGUUGGUUUGCAACACCGUUGGCGCUUUUUCUCCACAGUCACAGAGAGUAUGAAGAGGGCCUGACAAACACUAUUCCGUGAUCGAAGGAAU